CUCUCCUGACUCCCCAACAUGAGAGCUGCCUUCCUUUGCAUAGCCCCAACACCCAGCCUUGUCUUUUGGUUUCUGCUUUCUCUCUGGCUACCCCAAGAUGCUGCUGGCAAAGAGUUGAAGUUUGCAACGUUGGUAUUUCGGCAUGGAGACCGAAGUCCCAUCGAAACAUUUCCUAAUGAUCCCAUUAUGGAGUCCUCAUGGCCACAAGGAUUUGGCCAGCUCACUCAGCUGGGCAUGGAGCAGCAUUAUGAACUUGGCCGGUAUAUAAAGAAAAGAUACGGAAAGCUCUUGAAUGAGUCGUAUAAACGUGAACAGGUGUAUAUCCGAAGCACAGAUGUGGACCGGACUCUGAUGAGUGCUAUGACAAACCUCGCGGCCCUGUUCCCUCCAGAGGGGAUAGGCAUCUGGAACCCCAGCCUCCUCUGGCAGCCCAUUCCCGUGCACACCGUGGCUCUGUCUGAAGACCGGCUGCUGUACCUGCCAUUAAGGAACUGCCCCCGUUUUCAAGAACUUGAGAGUGAGACUUUGAAAUCUGAAGAAUUCCAGAAAAGACUUCAUCCAUACAAGGACUUUAUCGAGACUUUGCCAACACUGUCAGGAUUCCAUGGCCAGGACCUCUUUGGGAUUUGGAGUAAAGUCUACGACCCUUUGUAUUGCGAGAGUGUUCAUAAUUUCACUCUACCUUCCUGGGCCACUGAGGAUGCCAUGACUAAGCUAAGAGAAUUAUCAGAAUUGUCUCUCCUGUCUCUCUAUGGAAUUCACAAGCAGAAAGAGAAAUCGAGACUCCAGGGGGGUGUCCUGGUCAAGGAGAUCCUCAAGCACAUGAAGAGUGCAACUCAGCCACAAAACUACAGGAGACUUGUCAUGUAUUCUGCACAUGACACUACUGUGAGUGGCCUACAGAUGGCGCUAGAUGUCUACAACGGAAUCCUUCCUCCCUAUGCUUCCUGCCACUUGAUGGAAUUGUACCUGGAGAAGGGGGAGUACUUCGUGGAGAUGUAUUACCGCAACGAGACGCGGCACGAGCCCUACCCCCUCACACUGCCAGGCUGCCCCCAGAGCUGUCCCCUGGAGAAGUUUGCAGAACUGCUUGCCCCUGUGAUCCCCCAGGACUGGUCCACAGAGUGUAUGACCACGAGCAACCACCAAGUUCUAAGGGUGAUCCUUGCCACUGCCUUUUGCCUGGUAUCUGGUGUCCUGGUGGUGCUACUGUUCCUCCUCAUUCGGCAUGGGCCCUGCUGGCAGAGAGACAUCUAUCGGAACAUCUAAACUAUGACUGGACAAGAGCAGACAAUCAGGGCCAACUCGGGGGACACCUCCUCUCUAAGUGAUGCCGAGGUUUUGAAGGGUGGGCUUUCAUUAUGUGAACAUCGCCUACCCACACCCUUGUUUGUAAACCUAUUUGGGGCAUGGUGUGAGCUCACAACCACCAGGGACAGCUGCUGGACUCAAUAGAGUACUUAGCUAGGUCUUCUCACCCUGAGCAUUACUGGGUACUGAGCUAGGUCUUCUCAUCCCUGGGCAGUAGUAGCACAGGCUUUUCAAGCAGCUAGGAAGUUUUAUUUUUUGACACAGAUGUCCAGAGAGAAACAAGAAGCCAAAGGCGACUGUCUUUUGUCUGCAAAAAAAACAAAAAACAAAAAACAGGAAAAAUAGCAAAAGGUUAGAAAGUGAGGUAAGGACCUGGGUUAGAUAAGACUGGAUCACAGAGAAUGUUAGGCUAGAAAGAAGUAGCAUUAUACAGGUGGUCCUUAAAGAGAAAGCCCCAAUAAGAAACUAUAACUAAACCUUUGCUUAAGCUAUUUAGUAGUUUAACACAGAGCCAUGCACGUCUCUGUGACGCAAUUUCCACCUAGUGUUUGAUAGCUAAGAGGCUUCUGUAUGUAUGUCCGUCACCCACACAUUUAUACACUUAUAUUUGAAACACCUCCAGAAGAGGUCUUAAUUCUGAGAAACAGUUAAUAUCCAGGUCAUAUUCACUGGUCUAGCUCAGGUCAUUUUCCUACAAUUUCAAUACUGGGAAUUAACGACAAAAUUCAUGUGGCCACAGUUAUGGGUUUUUUUUUCUUUUUGCCUCCAGGAUUUUUUACAGUUUAUACUACUUUAUUUUAUUUAAAAAUUAUGAGAUCUUAUAUUGAUAAGAACUGUUUCUGGCUAUGAUGAAAUGGUAAUGUGUU